AUGCCGCAGGCAGACACCGUGUUCCAGUCCCGCUCGGAUGGCAUCUCCGCCGAGGGCGUGCGCGAUCAGUACGCCGACGGUAAGGCCGCGAAGGUGUGGGAAAUUUUCAUCGGCGACAAAAAGUCCCGCACGGAAAACUAUCGCAACUUUCUGGUGGAGAAGCUGCGCGAGAACGGCGUCCGGCGCAUACUGGACGUAGCGUGCGGCACCGGAGUCGACUCGAUCAUGCUGCUCGAGGAGGGCUUCGAGGUGGUUUCUAUCGACGCGUCCGACAAGAUGCUGAAGUACGCACUGAAGGAGCGCUGGAACCGCCGCAAGGAGAAAAGCUUCGACAAUUGGGUGAUCGAGGAGGCGAACUGGCUGACCCUGUACGAUGAUGUAAAGCACCUACUGAACGGAGGUUUUGACGCCGUCAUGUGCCUUGGAAACUCCUUCGCCCAUCUGCUCGACAACUUUGGUGACCAGCGCGAACAAAUUCAGGCUAUUCGCAAUUUUGAGAAGUGUGUCAAACCGGGCGGUCUGCUGCUGAUCGAUCACCGUAACUACGACAACAUCAUGGACACGGGUGCAACACCCUCCAAGUGCAUCUAUUACAAUAGUAGCCACACGACGGACAUCAAAACUUCGGUGCUGUAUGUCGCCUCGAAACCGGCACUGGUGACGCUGGACUACCAGAUCAGCACGGGCAACGAUGUCAGCGAGUUCCGGUUAUCGUACUACCCGCACAAGCUGCGCGUCUUCGAGGAGAUCCUCCAGCGCAUCUUUAGCGGCGCCAAGUCGCAUGAGAUCUACGGCGACUUCAAAGCACUGCAGGCGGUGCCCAAUCCGGCGUUCUACAUUCACGUCGUACAGAAAGCUUCGUCCUAAGGUCUAAUCCUUCACCACCCACCCCACCAUCGUGACCCACUGGCUGCGUGAAGCACGUCCAAACAGCCAAACAUCACGCCAUCACCGACACAAUCUUAUGUCCACCAAUAAAUGGAGCUAGCACGUAGCUAAC